AACACAACUUGUCAUAUGACAGGUGUUUUCACAGUUUCAGCACUUACCUAAUGUUAUCUCAUGUGUAGACCCGUUAGUCCGACGUACAGCACUAAAACACGACAAACUGCGCCGCAGUAUGACUCAUAUUUAUAAUCUGCAGUUUACUUUCCUAUUAGUUCUUCUGUGUCAUACUGUAGAGCAGGUGAAUGGAGUUUGGCCACUGCCUCAAAAGAUAGAUGUGUCCGCAGACAGAUACAGUUUGAGUCCACAGUUAUUCUCUUUUACUUAUGGAAAGUACUCGGCUGCUCAGAGUGGAUGCUCUGUCCUGGAUGCUGCUUUCAAAAGAUACUUCUCCAUCAUAUUUCCUGACUUCAUGGAUGGAUCAGCAUCAGGGCUUCAUCACCAUAUGUGGUCGGAGCCAAAACCCUUUGGUGUUUCAGUAAGUGUCAAAACCAAAGGAUGUGACGGCUACCCGGAUGAAGAUUCAAAUGAGAGCUAUAACCUGAGUGUGUCUGAAGGACAAGCUGUGCUGACAUCAGUGUCAGUGUGGGGCGCCUUGAGAGGUCUCGAGUCCCUCAGUCAGCUAGUGUACCAGGAUGAUUAUGGUGCUUACUUUAUCAAUAAGACAGAAAUUGUGGACUUCCCUCGUUUUGCAUUCAGAGGGCUUUUACUGGACACUUCAAGGCAUUAUUUACCUCUGCAUGCCAUUUUGAAGAACCUGGAUGCCAUGGCCUACAGUAAAUUCAAUGUCUUUCACUGGCACAUUGUGGAUGACCCCUCUUUUCCAUAUCAAAGUCGCACCUUUCCUGACCUCAGCAAUAAGGGAGCCUUUCACCCAUUUACUCAUAUAUACACCCAGUCAGAUGUGAUGAGAGUGAUUGAACAUGCUAGAAUGAGGGGCAUUAGAGUCAUACCUGAGUUUGACUCACCUGGACACACUCAGUCAUGGGGAAGAGGACAGCCAGACCUGUUGACACCUUGUUACAAGGGAAGUGUCCCCUCCGGGACAUUUGGACCUGUCAAUCCAACCCUAGACACCACCUAUAAGUUCAUGGAUCGCCUCUUCAAAGAGGUGAAAUCUGUAUUUCCCGACUCUUACGUUCACAUAGGAGGGGAUGAAGUCAGUUUUAGCUGCUGGCAGUCGAAUCCUGAUGUGCGAAAGUUUAUGGAAAAGAUGGGCUUUGGGAAGGAUUUUACCAAACUGGAAUCGUUCUAUAUGGAGAGUAUAAUGAACAUGACCACUGCUCUCAACAAAACCUCAAUUGUGUGGCAGGAUGUGUUUGACUACCAUGAGAGAAUUCCACAAGACACAGUUCUGGAGAUCUGGAAGGGCACUACUGAACAAUACUAUGCUGAACUGAGCAGGAUGACCAAGGCUGGGCACAGGGUUCUGCUCUCUGCCCCCUGGUACAUCAAUCACAUCAGCUAUGGACAGGACUGGCGCAAUUCCUACGCAGUGAGGCCCCAAAAUUUUUCCGGCACAGAGGAGCAAAAGAAAUUGGUGAUUGGUGGAGAGGUUGCCAUGUGGGGCGAAUAUGUUGAUGCCACCAAUCUGAACACUCGUUUGUGGCCGAGAGCUUGUGCUGCAGCUGAAAGGUUGUGGAGUGAUGAAGAGAAAACCUUGAAUGCAGAUCUGGCCUUCCCUCGACUGGAAGAGUUCCGCUGCAAACUUCUGAGGCGGGGUAUUCAAGCGGAGCCUCUGUUUGUUGGCCAUUGUAAACAUGAGUAUAAUAGUUUUUAGAGGUGCAUCGGAACUGAAGAGGGGUGUUAUUGUGAACUGGAAGCACUGUGUUUGAAUUUGCAAAAUAAAGUUUUUUUUUUACUCUAACAAAUAGUUUUUCUAUUACUCAUGUGAACUGACUUUUCCAAGUAAUGUGAAUUUUAUUAUUCAUAAAGAUCUAUGCAAGAAUGCUGGUAUUACUGAAGGAAUUACUACCCCUUGAAUACAGUGGCCCCAAAUAGUACAGUAUUUGGAGACUGAAGCCACGCUUACUGUAAACAUGUUUGAAUGUCAUUGCAUUAAGUCACAAAAACGUCCCAUUAAAACGUAUGAGAAUAAGGAUUUACCUGAUGUGUGGUGAACAGUGCCAGCACCAGGUAAAUGGCUGAUGUAAAGUACCUACACAUUUAAUGAAAUCGCCCGCCACUACAACACCAAUCCCAUUUCACCAGCUACGCAGCAGCAGAUCCUAUUAACUCUGAUGGGGUUUACACAUGAGCUAAAGUAGGACACCGUAAGGUGUGAAUGGCCAGAACUGUUAGCUACUACUGAUACAGACAUACGAUUAAGCAACCAUCUUUUGAAUUUCUUGUGGUAUUAUUUCUUGUGGUAUUAUCUUUAGGUAUAAUAUUUUUUGGUCACACUUUAAAAUAAGGUCAUUUGUUAAAUGAAUUGGGUGUAAUGAGCUAAUAAUGAAAAAUAGAUUUUUACAAAAUGUAUUAAUCUUGGCUAAUUUAAAAAAAAUAGAACUGUUCAUUGUUAGUUUUUGUUGGUCACUGCAUUAAGUAUCAUGAACAAACAGCGAACAACAUACUUUUUACAGCAUUUAUUAAUAUUUGUUAAUGUUACUUAAUGGUUACUAAUGCUAACAUAUAUAACUUUUGAUCUUAAAAAUUUGUUAAAAUUGCUGUAAAAGUAUUGUUCAUUGAGAGUUCAUAUUAACUAAUGUUGUUAUCAAAUGGAACCUUAUUGUAAAGUGUUCCCAAAAAUUGCAUUAGUAAAUGUUAAAAUGAACAUUUACCAAGAUUAAUAAAGCUGAAUACAAUUAUGCAUAUAUAUAUAUAUAUAUGUGUGUGUGUGUGUAUGUAUGUGUACAUAUAUAUGUAUGUGUAUAUAUAUAUAUACACCGAUCAGCCACAACAUUAAAACCACUUGCCUAAUAUUGUGUAGGUCCCCCUCAUGCCACCAAACAGCACCAACCCACAUCUCAGAAUAGCAUUCUGAGAUGUUAUUGUUCUCAACACAAUUGUACAGAGCAGUUAUCUGAGUUACUGUAGACUUUGUCAGUUUGAACCAGUCUGGCCAUUCUCUGUUGAACUCUCUCUUCAACAAGGCAUUUCCGUCCACAGAACUGCCACUCACUGGAUAUUUUUAGUUUUUGGCACCAUUUGGAGUAAAUUCUAGAGAGUGUUAUGUGAGAAAAUCCCAGGAGAUCAGCAGUUACAGAAAUACUCAAACCAGCCCAUCAGGCACCAACAAUCAUCCAUGUGAUUAUCUAAUCAGCCAAUCAUGUGGCAGCAGUGCAGUGCAUAAAAUCAUGCAGAUAUGGGUCAGGAGCUUCAGUUAAUGUUCACAUCAACCAUCAGGAUGGGGAAAAAAUAUGAUCUCUGUGAUUUGGACCGUAGCAUGAUUGUUGAGAAAAUUCAUUUAUUUUUUUGUAGUUGGUAAAUUGUUUUUAAAGAGAAGUUAUUUUAAAUCAACUUAAAUUCCCACCUAUUAAAAAAUAUAAAAAUUUGAAGUAAUACUUUACAGUUAGGUAGUAUUUGUUAACAUGCAUAAAUGGAUGAGGUAUUAUGAGCUAAACAUUCACAAUAUUUAACAGUAUUUAAUAAUCUUGGCUAAUGCUACUUUACAAAAUAAAACAAAAUAUUAAAAUGUAUUAAAUUAUUAUUUUAUUUUUAUUUUUAUGUAAUAAUAAAAAAUAAUUAUUGCUGCACUCUAAUCUAUGUCUUGGCUAGCACUUUUCUGAUGAAAUUGAAACUUUGUAAUGCAGCAUGUUUCAUGUUAUUGUCUCCUUAAGAUGAAUGGCUAAUGUAUCCUUCCUCAUUUUUUAAGUGAA